CCCUAUGGAGAGAUAGCUCUUAUUAGAGCGGCUGGCUUCCAACGACAUCUGAAAAACUCAGAGACAGAGAUUUUUAUUACCUUACUCAACGCUAUCGAGAAGGCUCUCGCAGAGAAACUGGAGAUUCCACGUACAAGUGAAGAGGAUGAGAUUAAGAAGGUCCUUCCUAAGCAAUACCAUGAUCUAGUGGAUGUCUUCUCUGAGAAGGAAUCCGACACGCUACCUCCAUCCCGGCAUUGCGACUAUAAGAUUCAGUUAGAG